GCAAAGGGGAAUUUCUCCCAUUUCUCCUUUCCUCAUCUCGGAGCGUUACUCUGUUAAUUCUCUCUCUCUCUAUAUUUCUCUCUCCUGUAAUGAGGAGCUCCCCCUGAGAUUUCAUCACUCUCUAUGUCUCAACGCACAAACUCCAGCUCCACCAACCCUAAUAAACGCUCCUCCUCCACCAACCCCAACGCCAACACACCUAUCGCCGCCGCCGCCGCCGCAUCCCCAAUUUUUCCGGCAUUGAAAAAGGCCAAGUCGCAGGGCGUCUCGUGCUCGCUGGACGGGAAUAUGAACGGGCAGCAGCAGCAGCAGCCCACUCCUCACGUGCACUUCGCUGAAACCCCCGCUCUCUCCCCGAUGAUUGAAGACGAUCCGAAUGAUGCCGUUUUGGAUGCCUCCUCACCGUCCAGCGCUUUCGGACGCGUCGGUGCUACUUCCUGCGGAGGAAUCACCUCUAAUUUGUCCCGGAAGAAGGCCACGCCGCCUCAACCCACGAAAAAACUCGUAAUUAAGCUCUUUAGAGCCAAACCGACUCUUCCGAGUAACUUUGAGGAAACUACAUGGGAAAUACUCAAGUCUGCUAUCAGUACUAUAUUUUUGAAGCAGCCUAAUCCAUGUGAUUUGGAGAAGCUCUAUCAGGCUGUCAAUAACCUUUGCCUGCACAAGUUGGGUGGAAAUCUCUAUCAAAGAAUUGAAAAAGAGUGUGAAUUCCACAUAUCUGCCGCUCUACAAUCUUUGGUUGGCCAAAGUGAAGAUCUGGUGGUUUUCUUAUCACUUGUAGAGAACUGUUGGCAGGAUUUUUGCGACCAGAUGUUAAUGAUCCGGGGUAUAGCAUUAUUUCUUGAUAGAACAUACGUGAAGCAAACUCCCAACGUACGUUCAUUGUGGGACAUGGGCUUGCAGCUUUUCCACAAACAUCUUGCUCUAGCUGCAGAAGUGGAGCACAAAACUGUAUUUGGUCUUCUAAAAAUGAUUGAGAGCGAGAGACUAGGGGAAUCAGUUGAUAGGACGCUCCUUAAUCAUCUUCUCAAGAUGUUCACUGCAUUGGGAAUUUACCCUGAAAGCUUUGAGAAGCCAUUCCUCGAACGUACAUCUGAAUUUUAUGCAGCUGAAGGUGUCAAAUAUAUGCAGCAGGCAGAUGUUCCAGAUUAUUUAAAGCAUGUAGAGAUAAGGUUGCAAGAAGAAAAUGAAAGAUGCUUACUCUACAUCGAUGCAAGUACAAGAAAGCCACUAGUAGCAACUGCAGAAAGGCAACUUCUUGAGCGUCAUAUAUCUGCUAUUCUGGAUAAGGGUUUUAUGAUGUUAAUGGACGGUAAGCGUAUUGACGACCUUCAGAGAAUGUAUUUGCUCUUCUCCAGAGUCAAUGCCCUUGAAUCAUUGAGGCAGUCCCUUAAUCAAUACAUACGAAAAACUGGCCAGAGUAUUGUCAUGGAUGAAGAAAAGGACAAAGAUAUGGUGUCUAGCUUAUUGGAUUUCAAGGCAAAUCUUGAUAGAAUAUGGGAAGAAAGCUUUUAUAAAAAUGAUUCAUUUAGCAAUACCAUCAAGGAUGCGUUUGAGCAUCUCAUUAAUAUUCGCCAGAACCGACCUGCUGAGUUAAUUGCCAAGUUUGUUGAUGAGAAGCUUCGUGCCGGAAAUAAGGGAACCUCAGAGGAGGAAUUGGAGGGCACACUAGACAAAGUUUUGGUCUUGUUCAGAUUUAUACAGGGUAAGGAUGUAUUUGAAGCAUUCUAUAAGAAAGAUCUUGCUAAAAGGCUCUUGCUCGGUAAAAGUGCAUCUAUUGAUGCAGAGAAAUCAAUGAUUUCUAAGUUGAAAACAGAGUGCGGCAGUCAAUUUACCAACAAACUUGAAGGAAUGUUCAAGGACAUUGAAUUGUCAAAAGAGAUUAAUGAAUCAUUCAAGCAAUCAUCCCAAGCUCGAACGAAACUGCCAUCUGGAAUCGAGAUGAGUGUUCAUGUCUUAACAACUGGGUAUUGGCCGACCUAUCCUCCCAUGGAUGUUCGGCUGCCUCAUGAACUCAACGUGUAUCAGGAUAUUUUUAAGGAGUUCUAUUUAAGCAAGUACAGUGGGAGGCGAUUAAUGUGGCAAAAUUCAUUGGGUCACUGUGUCCUAAAAGCAGAAUUUCCGAAAGGAAGAAAGGAGCUAGCAGUUUCUCUAUUUCAGACUGUUGUGUUGAUGCUGUUCAAUGAUGCACAAAAGCUCAGCUUUCAAGAUAUAAAGGAAUCUACUGGUAUUGAGGAUAAAGAGCUUCGUAGAACUUUGCAGUCCCUUGCAUGUGGAAAAUUCCGCGUUCUUCAGAAAAUGCCUAAAGGCAGAGACGUGGAAGAUGAUGAUACCUUUGUCUUCAACGAUCAAUUUGCUGCUCCUCUAUAUCGUAUAAAGGUCAAUGCCAUUCAGAUGAAGGAAACAAUUGAGGAGAAUACCAGCACUACAGAAAGGGUGUUCCAAGACCGUCAAUACCAGGUUGAUGCUGCCAUUGUUCGUAUAAUGAAAACAAGGAAAAUGCUGAGUCACACUCUAUUGAUAACUGAACUCUUUCAGCAGCUCAAGUUUCCAAUAAAACCAGCUGAUUUGAAGAAAAGAAUCGAGAGCCUCAUAGACAGAGAGUACCUUGAGCGUGACAAAAACAACCCACAAGUGUACAACUAUCUUGCUUGAAGAGUUAUGUCGAUCACAAGUUCUUGAGUUUUUCCUCGUUCCAAUGGAAAUGCAAAUCCAAAUGCAAAUGUUUGCCGAGAUGCUGGAAGUUGAUGAAAAUCCCAUGAUAAAUCGAAAUUAUGUAUAGAAACUUCUUUUUUUCCUUUUUUUAUUGUGAUGUUUAGUUAUAACUGUAAAGUAUAUUUCCUCAGAUAUGCUCUCGAAUUCCGUCUCUGUCCGAGUACAUGGAGAAACCAAGUCUUUUUUUUUUUUUUUUUUAUCCUUAUUUAAUUACUGUGUUUUAUAUCACGAGUAUAAGUAAUAUUUAGUUAUUUUUAUUUUUGGGUUUC